AAUGUUCCGUUACACGCCAUCAUAAUGGUCACCCUACGAAAAAUAAUCGCAAGAAAUCAAAGCUGCCAUUUUGAAAAUCGAUUCAAAAUGUCCCAUAACUCUUUCUUGCGGGCCUGUGAGAGCACGUAGUUAUGUUAUUGGUGAUUAUUUUGUGUGUGGCGAUGUGUGGGGCCAGCUUUCAUGAGCAGUAUAGAGUGCCCCAGACCUGUACGGACAAAUGGGAAUCCUUCGUGUACGAGGAUAAGGAAUAUGUCAUCCAGAAUCUCCCGAUAACCUGGGAGAAUGCUAAGAUUAUGUGCCGUGGUCACCACAAUGGAACAUUGGCUAUAUUAGAUACGAAAGAAAAGGCUGAAUUUCUUGCUGAAGCUUUAGCUGAAUCACAGUUUGUGAUCGACUCUGUAUGGGUUGGUGCUCGGAGACAUGGCGGCGACGACCCAGAUGGCUACCGAUGGGGCAAUCUACUGGAACUGCGUCGCACAGCUGAUGACAUCCGGAGGAGCAGUCCUGAAGACCUGGACCAAUAUCCAGCGUGGCAGAACAGAACGCACGUGCCGGUCCCAGACACAGGAGCCGACUGUGUCGCCGUCCAAAGAGUGUCUCACGAUCGAGGAGUGUUCCUAGAUCUUCCCUGCGAGCUGGAAAGACCGUUCGUCUGUGAAAGAGAAGCGCAGACCCGGCACCUGAUAAAGGAGCUAAAAACAGUCCGGUGCCGGACCGGUCUGUACCGGAUGUACGACGGGCUCUUGGACUGGCAUCAGGCGGCUGCGUACUGCGUGAUCAGAAAGAUGAGCUUAGCCAACAUCGCCACGAUGAAAUGUCUGAAGAAACUUGGCACCACAAUGCUAAAGACCAGACCUAGCAUCGAGAACGCGUGGGUCGGAGCAAAAGGAGAGCUCGGGAAAUGGAAUUGGGUCGACUCGGGAGCUAGCAUCUUCUUGCCCAGCCCUUACAGCGACGUGGAUAAAGCCAUGUGGCCACCUAUGAGAGACAGAACAUCAGUAAAACAAAAUGGCUGCCUCCAACUAGACCGGCACGCUAACCACCCACCGAUAUUCCUGGAGGCACGCUGCGAAAGAAAGAUGCAAUUUAUCUGCUAUCAAGGUUCACCGGCAUUACGAACAGCCACGCCGCUACCUAGCGACGACUCCUAUUACUACGUACUCGUCAAACAACUGCUAUUCUGGCAGCACGCUUACGAGAACUGUAACAAAAUGAACGGCUCGUUGGCCUAUCCGGAGACUUCGGAAAUAAUGACGCAAUUGCUGCUUCUAAUGGGAGAAAACAAGGAGCAACCUGUUGAACAUAUUUGGAUAUCCGGCCGUUUAAAUAUAACGAAAGACCUUGCCACAGAGGACAUUAAAUACGGAUGGUAUAACCCGUUCAACAACAAGGCUAUUCCCGACCCGAAGACUCGAAGGAAUUCGCAAGGAAUUUAUACGGCGCCGUGGUUGGAUGAAGACUUUACGAGGGACAACUCAUGCUUGAAUUUGGACAGACAAGACCACUUGAAGGGACUCGUCUAUGGUCUUCCCUGUGAUACUCCUCAAUACUCAAUUUGUAUGAUUGAGAAAAGUCCACACGCAAAACUGGAAAGUGCACCUGUCAUUUCUACGCCGGCUAACCUGGUGGUCGUCCCUGAGGCAAUGGAGGUUCCUCAUUCGGAAGGAUUAUUUAAGGAUACUGAUAAUGUUACUAACAAAUAGAUCAAACUAAGUUAGGUUAUGUUUAGACCUAUUAACGAGCGCUUUUUCAACGCGCGUUAAAAAAGCGCUUGAAUCCGACCACACGCUAAAUUCGAUUUAACGACCACCGCUUAAAUUCGAAAAUCCAACAACGCUUGAUAAAAAGUGAAUAAAUACACAUGUAUCCAUAUAUGUGUCAUUCAAACGCUUUUUAACGCGUGUUGUAAAAGCGCUCUUGCGAAUGAGCCCUUAGGCUCUCUUAAAACCAUAUUAGUAAACUAGAGCAUAGUAAAAUCAGUAAGCAUAGAGUGCUCACUACAUACAUCAGUUUUGUUACCAAAACGCCUGUUAUUUUCGUAGUCGACAUCUAGCGUCAAGGAGCGGAAUUACCAGUACUGCUACUCGACAAUAGAUGUCACGUGUGUCUCUAUCUAUGCUUAAGUACUUAUUCCUCUAUAAUUGGAGAUAAACUGAUUUGAGUUAUUUGCUUGCCAUGUGGGCCAUGUGUGGGUCAUACACAUUUUGUUGUAUGCUUAACUGUUUCGCGUUUUUCCUGUAGACAUCGCAAAGUUAAGAGAAUCAAAAGCUAGUUUUUCCGCUGCACUGUUACAGGCGUGAUACAUUUAUUUAAUAUUUUAGACUCAAGAAAAACUUGAUUAAUAAUAAAUAUGUACCCGGGUUACCUUUUGUUGUAUUGUCUACAUAAGAGACCUAUUUCAGAAAUGUGUUUGACCCAUCUGUAGAAUGUAGAAAUUAUAAUAUUCCCUGUGCAAGGUAGUGCCCGCGUAGGAAUGUAAAAUCUGCUGAUUUGCUGAAAUACUUUUUCACGCAACUUUGUUUACCUGCUUGUGGUUGGAGAAAUUGGGCAUGUUUCAUACAGCGCCACCUGGCGUCUAGUAGCCAAAUAAAAUUUCAUGUAUGAAUAGAAUCCAUAGGUAGUUGAAGUCGCGCUAGUUGUAUGAAGUCGCGCGCGAGAACGCAAAACAUGCUAGCAGGACGUAUGAAAUUAUAUUUUUUAAGCUUUUAGACGCCAAUGACAGAUAUAUCCGCAGGUUCAACGCCAAAGACGGAUUAAUCGGUCACAGACCACAGAGCAACAUAGACCUACGUGCAUGUGCACAAAGUUCAAUUUCUUUUGACACUUCGGUGACGUGGCGUCCGAGUGACAGCUUUUGUGUUUGAUACGGCGUCGAAAAGGUUAAUUACAGCGCCCUCUGACCCCGAGUAGCUUAAUAUACUAAGUUAGGCAACUUUUUUAUAAUCGCGCCAUCUAGCGUCGAGUAGCUUUUAAAUUUAUUUUUAUAAAGCAAAACAUUUGAAUUUUGUAUAUUUCAUAGAGAUUAACAUUAUUUGUGAUUAGUGUAUUUAAUCAUUAAUUGUUAAUUAUUGCAAUGUAUGGAUCUUAUGUUAUGCAAAAUAAAUAAAUUAAGCUAGACUAGAAGGAAAUGCUGCUUAAUGUAUAGUAUAAAUUAUCUAAGAUGAUUUUUUCGGGUUCGUGUGCUAAUCCGUUAAACAAAAGCCUUUGUUUCUUUUAAGAGCGCUCUACAGCACGUGCCAAAGCAACCAUUUCGUUUAAAAAGCAACUAUUGUGAUAGUAUUAAGGUUCAAAUUCAUGGGACAGCUCGUUCAGAGAACAAUCAGGGUGUAACCACUGUAACCACUGGUGUAACCACUGCAUAAAGGAAACAAUAUCUUUUGUUUAACAGAUUAGGGUCCGAGCCCGCAAAAAUCACCUGAAAUAAUUCAUACUAUACUUUUGUAGGAAAUUCCAUGUAUCUAACAAAAUAACAAUAAAACAAAUUGUUUAAUAACAUUUUAUUGAUUCCCCUCCUUUGGACCAGCCGAGUCCUCUUCAUUGACAGGGCCUAAAGAGUGUUUUCACACUGACCAAAGAACCAAUAUUGGAUGUCAGAUGACCCUUGGGAAAAGACACCUGCUAGAGAAUUCCCUACAAUAUCAAAUCAUUUAAAUUUUGCAUUAACACUUUUUUUUAAAUAAUAAACAUUUAU